UUCCUUGAUUUCUUGCUUGUUCUCACUCCCACAUUUCCACUCCAUUAUAUACUCUCAUUCUCCAUAUUCCUCUCAUCUCUCAACCUCCAUAUGGCGCACUUGCGUCUCUCCCUCGCCUUUUUCUCAAUUCUCGCCGCCGCCACCUUCACGCCCGCUCCCGUCCUUACGCAGUCGCCGCUCAACCCGCCCGAGCAAGAGGCUGUCUACCAGAUCCUCGAGUCCGUCAGCCCCGACACCCCCUGGCGUUCCCUCUUCCCCGACGACCUCUGCUCCUCCGCCCCUCACGGCGUCGCCUGCGACUACUUCUCCGCCGCCGCCACCCCGCACGUCACCGAGCUCAGCUUCGGAUACGUCUCCGACUACACUCCCAACCCCCCCUGCAACCCCAAUUCCAUCCUCAACCCCUCCCUCCUCGCGCCGCUCCCCCGCCUCAGGAAGCUCAUGUUCUACAAAUGCUUCGCGCACACGCAAACUCCAUUCCCCAAUUUCUCCGUGCUCAACCACACUUCCUCCUUGGAGGAGCUCAUCUUCAUCGAAAAUCCGGCCCUGACUGGAUCCCUCCACGGCAAGAUCGGUAAUCUAAGACGGUUGCGAAGGUUGGUUCUGACCGGAACCGGUGUCUCCGGCGGCAUCUCGGAUUGGUUCGGCGGUCUCGAGCAGCUUACGCUGUCGAGAAACAAAUUUUCCGGCGAGAUUCCGAUGAAUGCUUUUCGGAACAUGAAGAGGCUGAAGGUUCUCGAUCUGAGCGACAAUGCGUUUGAAGGAGCUCUGCCAGAAUCUAUCGGAUACGCGACUGCGUUGCUCAAGGUUGAUUUGAGCCACAACAGAUUCUCCGGUAAAAUUCCUGAGAAUCUCUCGUGCUUGAAGAACGUUGAGUUUCUCGAUUUGAGCUACAACAAUUUUGGUAGUUUUGGGUUUCCUUUGGUUUUGGCAGAGAUGCCGAGUUUGAAGGAAGUGUAUCUUAGUGGCAAUUUUCUUGGAGGGGAGAUUCCUGACAUAUGGGGAAAUCUUAGGGGCAUAAUGGGAAUUGGGCUUUCUAGCAUGGGGCUUGUUGGUAACAUCCCCAAAUCCAUGGGGUUACAACUCAGGAAUGCAUGCUACAUAGGGCUUGACAACAACAUGCUUCAAGGUGUUGUACCUCAGGAACUAGGUGAUUUGGAGUUUGUGAGUGAGUUGAAUUUGGAGAACAACAAUCUGAGUGGGAGGCUGCCAUUUUCUGCAGGCUUCUUGUCAAAGUUAGGAGGGAAGUUGAAGGUGGAGGGCAAUUUGGACCUUUGCAUUGAUGAAGCUUUGAAGUCUGCAAAGGUCAGUGUUGAUCUCAAGGUGUGUAGGAAGCCUUAUGUUUCCAGAAAUGCCCUUUUCCAUGAGAGCUCUUGUCCUAUUCCUACUAUGCCAUUUAUGGCUUUGGUUUUGGGGGUUUUAGCACAAAUGUGGUUUUGAUGUGAAACAUAGUACCACCCACUUGCUACAUUAUUACAAGAAUGUACAAAGUUGCUCCAUUUAAUGUUUCUGAUUAGUUUGAUACAAAAAUCAUUUAACUAAAUAAGUAAAAUGCUAGCUUUAUUUAAUUUGAGCUCUAAUCUUUGCAAUCAAGAUUCAAGAUUUGUAUCGAUGCAUUAGCCUAUCUAUCAUUAUUAAAUGAAAUAU